AUGUCAUACCAACAGGACGAGCAGCAGAAGGACACUCCUCAGUCCCCUGGACAGAACCAGCAGGACAACAACGACAACAACCCUUUUGGUCAGCAGCAGGGCGAUGACAACAACCAGCAACAAGGACAGGACCAGAACCAGGACGACAACCAGAACCAAGACCAGCAGCAACAAGGUCAAAAUGAGUCCGAGUCCAAGGAGGAUCCUAACAAGGAUGAAUCCAAGCCCGGCGAAGAGAACGCAAAGGCUGAGACGCCCGGUGACAAGGAGGAGAAGCCUGAGCAAGCCGGUUCUGAAGAGCCAAAGCCCGAGGAGUCAAAGCCUGAAGAGUCAAAGCCUGAAGAGAAGCCUGAAGAGAAGCCCGAAGAGAAGCCUGAGUCUGACGACAAGAAGCCCGAGGAGGUAAAGAAGGAAGAAGGCGAUGCCGCCGAAAAGAAGCCAGAGCAGGCAAAGGCCGAGGCCAGCAACAAGGCCGACGAGGCCAAGCCCCAGAAGAAGAAGAAGAAACAGCCACCUGUCAAGCAAGAGGAGGAGAGCGAGUCCGAGUCCGAAGAUGAUGACGACGACUUUGAUUCCGAAGACGACUCAGAGGAAGACUCUGAGGAAGAAGACUCCGAAGAUGACGAGUCAGAGUCAGAGUCCGAGGAGGAGGAGGAAGAGCCUGCCACUCCACCCGAGCCCGCUCGCCGAGGCGGCAAACGCGGAGGAAACAAGAAGGUCGAUGAACUGUCCCCACGAGACGAAAAGGCCCAGCAGAUGCAGCAGCAGCAGCGUCAACAGCAGCAAAUGCAACAGCAACAACAACAGCAACAGAUGCAGCAGCAGCAGCAGCAACAACAGGGCGGCGGUGGUAAGAGUGACGCCCUCAGUCUGCAUCUAGAGCUCAACCUCGAAAUCGAAAUCGAACUCAAGGCGAGAAUCCAUGGUGAUCUUACACUGGCACUACUUGACAUGUAA